AUGAAUGCCGUCAGGGAAUCGACACGCCCUUUGGUUCUGAGUGCCAUCAACCCAUCUCGUGGAGCUCUUUGUCUAAGUGCCUCGGUUGCGUCUGAGGAUUCUUGUCUCAUUUACGCUUCUGGGAUCAAUGUCAAUGUUUUUGAUGUACCCUCCUUCAACUUACGACAAGUGAUCGAUUUAUCUGCUCAUCUACCUCAAUCAUGGUUGCCUUCACUCCAUGGGGUUGAGGCGGUUUGUGCUACAGAAAACAAGCUUGCAGUUGCCUCUGGUCCCUAUGUGGUCGUCUUUUCAAAAUCCAAGUCACGACCUUCUAGAGCACUUUGGAACUUGCAUUCUUCUUUCACGUCCGGUGGCAAACGAAUUACUUCCAUCAUCUUGAAAGGAAACGAUUGUUUACUGAUCGCCGAAGACGGUGUAUCUCUGUACGAAGCUCUCGAACCAGUUGGCGAGGACGGCUUCGUGACCAUACCACGCUGGGUCGGCAGAUGGUCAACUCACACCGAAUCAUGCACCAAUGCUGAUUUUUUUCGAUCGAGCGACGGCCGCUGCCAUAUCGCUAGCUACGUUGCAGAUCGUCCGAUCCUUCAUUUUUAUAGCUCUCGAACCUCAAACCACCUUGCAGAAAAUUACGAAAUGUCAUACCGGAGAUUAUCAUUAUCGUCCGCUAUACGUUCGAUCAGCUUCGGUCAAUUUUCAACUCUGGGGUUCGAAGAGACGUACAAAACCCUAUUUGUCUCUCUUUACAGUCGAUUUUCUGGGGUACACACGCACUUCUACAACCUUGAAGUCGUACCCGAUGAUGAAGCCCCAUCAAAUCUUACAACCCAGGGCAAUCUUCAGCCCGAACUGACUGUUCUCCACCCGUCUCACCAAGGGGUAAUCAAUUGUCCUGCUUCUAGGUCACACAGGGUCAUUCAGACAUUCUAUCUAGAUUCAAAGCACAUCCCUACCCUCCCUAACCAGGAGAAACUCUUUUCACGAUGCUCAAUACUUUCCAUCUUGUCCAACGGAUACAUACAUAUGUCACGGGAGCCUUCGUUGAUUCGACCUUCGAGUUCUUGCAGUGAAUUGUAUCAACUGCCUUCGGAGAUGGUUCGAUUAUUAGCUGACCCUAAUGUGAUGAUUCAAGGAACUACUAGGACCAAGAAUGUAGAUCAAGUUCAUACAGUCACCUUUUUCAUUAUCUUUGCUCGCUCAGCCUCCUCGGCUGGUCAACUUUGCUGGCACGAGAUCCCCCUUGGAAUAUUCACAUCCGGACUUCUGUGUUGCGACACGGUGCCGAUCGAUAGCGCGUUGGCGCAAGAAAUACCACAUGGUUUAUCGAUCAUUCCAGCGAGCGAUGGAGCAAGCGACACAUUGGUUGCGACUUCCCCCAAAACCGUUUCAAACCCGGUUACAUUCAACUGGUGGAAACUCCAAUAUCGAAACAACGGACCGGUCAUGCAUUCAUUAUCUGACAUAUCAUUCGAUAUCUGCAACUUACGAUUAGACGUGCCCGUCAAUGACGCCCUCGCGUCUAACGGCCUUUACGUUCCAAGGAUAGCCGAUGACGUGAUUUGUAGUGUUGGAUUCUCCACUCAAUGGUGGAUUCAGCUUUCAUCAAGCCAAGCGCAGACUGAGGCGCCUUUGCGGGUUCGACUGAUUGCUCCCAAGAGUUCGUCACCCGCGCCAGUUGUUUCCGAGUUCGCACUGACUGGACUUCAGCCUGAUGAGCGAGUUGAGAGAUACGCAAGUGCUAUCAAGGCGACCUCUACGAGAGACAGCACUACUCAUUGGUUUCUUGAAAGCCUCACUUCACUUAAUCGCUUGCUUGUAUGGGAGCUGCCUGCGCUUUCGGCGAACACUGAACCUGCAUACCAUGAGCCGAAAUUCGCACUAACACUUCCGAGUCUGAUCGCCGAUCUUGAAAGUCGAAUUAGGAUAUCCUCUCUAACGAGUAAUUCCUAUAGAUCAGUUUUAGCUGCCGGUAACGAUGGAAAUGUGCUUCAGUUUAAGCAAUCUUAUGAUAGAAGUGGUGAUUCAGACCACAGUACGAGUGACAAGAAGGAAUGGACGAGAUUGGUCUCCGUAAGACACAUUUUAGGGUCCAGCGCAGACACCUGCACUUUACUCAACUUUGAAACAAAGUCGUCAUUUGUAGCACUACUAUACUUUAUCUCUUCCCCAUCCACUCGAAAGUAUCUUAAACUUAUACUCAUUGACUUGCGAUUAAGAUCUUUUGGAUCGGGUAUUGUCUGCGCGGAAGAAAUGUCUAUCGAUCUUGAGGAUGAUCAAUCUGCUGAUACAUACCUUAAGUGGUCGGCGGAUACUAUCAAGCCGGAUUCUGAGAAGUGGGACUCUAAACCCCCGUCAUUGGCUGUUGCCUAUGGUGGGUUUAUCAAAGUCUAUAGCUGUGGUGCAGAUGGCUGGUGGAAGGGUACUGCCGAUGUCCGUCCUAAUGAUGGCUCUGCUCAUGUAGUAUCGUGGGUCACAGUAAAUGAACAGAGAAGCUUGAUCUACAAAGUACAUGGUCACUUAUACGUCUCUUCAGGUAUUUCAGACACUAGGCAUCCACAGAUGCCCUGUUGGCAUCCUAUCCGAUUGAAGAACCACCUUGACUUUGGAGAUUUUGAAAGUGUUUCCCAGGUUAUCAAUGCAUUGGCCACUGCACUCGAUGGCCACCCACAAGCUCUCAGUCUUGUCAAUAGCCCAAAUCUUCCUUCCACUCGCGACAUUAAUCUGAUAACCGAUGGAUCUCCAAAAAAAGAUUCCAUGGUGUCGCUUGGUAUGCCAGGGAGUACCAUUUCGCAACAAUCCCUUGACAUUAUCGUUAGAUCAGCUAGUGAAAGUCGAAUACCAAGUUUGACCCCGGAGGAGCAGAAAACUCUAGCAGAUUUGACUCUGCAGCUCUUCACUAUCCAAACGUCUUUCAGUGGAAUAGACGAAUUAGGAUGUCGAUACUUAUUCUCGCUGGUUCAACAUUUGUCUAGAUCCAAUCAAUCUCAAACAGAUGUGGGAUAUGGGGAGUCCCAAGAUCCCGGUAUUUUGCUGGCUUAUCAUUCUUCUUGUCAAGCUUUACUAGCGACACAGGUAAUCGACAAUGUUGCUAAGUAUGCUUUACUUUCACAUCCACCGGUCAAGUGUACAUUAAAUUGGAAGCUUGCUUGCAAAGUGGGAGUUUUUCUCUGGUUGAAGCCACAAGAAACCCUCCUUUCAACUCUAGAGCUCGUAGCCCAGCAAGAGUAUCAAAGCAUAUCUGAAAGCUCACAAAUCAAUGCAACACGUGAGGUGAAUCGAGAUCCAGCUGCGUGUAGUGUGUUUUAUAUGGCACUACGAAAGAAGCGAUUACUCUUAGGACUUUGGCGAGUUGCCUAUGGUCAUCCUGAUCGACCUCAUAUGCUCAAGUUUCUAGCAAAUGAUUUUGAUGAACCAAGGUGGAAGACUGCAGCUCAAAAGAACGCUUUCGCAUUGAUUAGUCGACAGCGGUUUAGGAUCGCGAUCGCACGAGCAUAUGAAGGCGAUAAUGGGCCUGUGCUUCGGUCCCUCCUUCGAGAGACGGUGAUACCCCAAGGCUUUUUGGAUGGAAAUCGAUGGAUAUUGAGUUGGGCGUUUGACAUGUUGGGGGAAAAAGACCUUGCCUCUCGGUCACCCCUUGAAGAUAUUGCCAAAGCAGAGGUUCUCAAGCCUAUCUCGACUGAGUUGAUACAUGAACAACCAGGACCUUUAAGUAUCGCUCUAGUGGUGAUCUUUAACACGAUUCGGAAUCAAGAUCAAGUUCCUUCUACAAAUUCUAUAAAAGAAAAUGAAUUGGCCAUGUUGACUAUCAAACGGCUCUUGGAAGCAGGUUGUGACCAACUGGCGUACUGCGUGGCAAGGACCUGGCGAUUCCAGUCUCGGCGAGGAAUAACUCCACAAAUUAAUUCUGACAACGUACUUGAUGGCACUACCACUUCGAAAUUUGAAAGGCCGCCAUCAGGAGAUACAGUACAGAGCACUUUUACCAUUGAUCAGGACACAAAGCCAACAAUUCUCGAAAAUCCUCCUAAAACUCGUGUAUUGAAACAAGUGGUAGUACCUGAGUUUGAUUUAUCGAAUUUCUGAUCCGAAGUGAUUCUCGAACAACUGUAAAACUCGAAAUCAAAUUAUUAGAGUGAUGUGUACUGGUAUUUAUAAGUGUUGAAUGCUCAUAGUUUGAUUGAAGAAAUGGUCGAAAUUCAGUGCUCUAUGAAAGGGGCCUGUUAGCUUU